AUAGAGCACGGUCCCCGGAAAGGACAACAGUUUAUUCCAGCGAUCAAAUCGGCGAUUUUGAUCCAAAAAUGGUAUCGAAGGUGCCAGGCUCGACUAGAAGCACGACGUCGAGCCACCUGGAGUAUAUUCACAACUUUGGAGUACGCUGGUGAACAGGAUCAGUUGAAGCUGUACGACUUUUUCAGUGACGUGAUCACCGCCAUAGUGAACAGCGAAAACGAGGAGUACAGCAGUUCUCCAUUUGUUUCUGGUCAGUUUGAUUUCGAUAAACUUUCGAUUUCCCUAAACAGUGAAGUAAAUCUGAUGGAAAAAGCAAACCCUGCAAAUAUGACUGUCGAAAAACACUAUAAGGGACCUGUACUCACAUUGCCACUGGACAGACAACAAAUAGCAACCAUGAUCGACGCUUUUAAAGUAAACAAGAUUAUGCAUGUGCGAUACGUGCUUUUGAUACUUUUUGAAGCUCGCCGACUUCUGAAGCAGCAACCUACAAUCGUUCGCCUUUCUACCUCAAUUUCUAAUCAGGUAACUGUAUGUGGUGAUUUACACGGGAAAUUCGAUGAUCUUUGUAUCAUUCUUUACAAGAAUGGCUAUCCUUCACUUGAUAAUCCGUAUAUUUUCAAUGGCGACUUCGUUGAUCGUGGAGGUCAAUCUAUCGAGGUGCUGUGCGUACUGCUGGCCCUGUUCGUUCUGGAUCCCAAUGCAAUCACACUGAAUAGGGGCAAUCAUGAAGACCACAUCAUGAAUCUACGCUAUGGAUUCACGAAAGAACUCAUGACCAAAUACAAGGAACACUCGACUACGAUCACGAAGACGCUUGAGGACCUGUUCUCAUGGUUGCCAAUCGCCACCAUCAUUGACAAAAAUAUCUUCGUUGUUCAUGGUGGAAUCUCAGACAAGACGGAUGUGAGCCACCUCGACAAAAUUCACCGAAAUAAGUACCAGUCAGUACUUCGCCCUCCUGUGCGAAAGGGUUCCGAGAGCAAUGCGGUGAACGUGGACGAGUGGAAGCAGAUGCUGGACGUACUGUGGAGUGAUCCAAAGCAAAACAAAGGUAAAAAAGAAGUUGGUAAAAAGGAUGCUGGCCAAAUGUAUUCCGAGGUGGAGGAUCAUAUUUCGGAGCAUGGAUUCAGUCUUCUCGUUCGUUCACAUGAGUGCAAGUUUGAGGGCUAUGAGUUUACGCAUAACAAGACAGUGCUAACGAUAUUUUCUGCAUCGAAUUAUUACGAACUUGGAAGCAAUCGAGGUGCUUAUGUGAAAUUCAUUGGUCGCAACAAAGAACCGCACUUCGUUCAGUAUAUGGCAUCCAAAACACAUCGCAAAAGCACGAUGCGAGAGAGGCUGAGUCUCGUGGAAGAGUCUGCUGUACGUGAACUCAGAGAAAAGCUAGGCUCGUUUAACAACAGGCUCCAGAAAGAAUUCGAACAGUACGAUCCGCUACAGAAAGGUGAUCUAAAUCCUUUUAUGUGGUGCGAGAGCGUCCAGAAAGUAACUGGUCUGCAUCUCCCGUGGCGAGCUCUGGUACCGAAACUGGCGACGAUUCAUGAGGACGGUAAACAUGUUCUGUACAAAGACAAUGUCGCCGUUGUGCAGGUCGGAAAAAGUCUACCACAGGAUCGUGACGUUGUCGAGUCGCUGUACAGACACAAGAGCACGUUGGAGACUUUAUUCCGAUUCAUGGACAAAGACAACUCCGGACAAGUUUCGAUGCAAGAAUUCAUUGACGCAAUUCAGGUAUUGGGAAAGUACACGAAGCGGACCAUGUCACCCGAUUACGUUGCUCAAAUUGCCGAAAGCAUCGAUUUCAACAAGGACGGUUUCAUCGAUCUCAACGAGCUGCUAGAGGCGUUCCGGAUAGUGGACCAACAAAAUGGGCUAACCUAG